GUGGUUGGGCCGUGCGCAUUUCCUUCCCUCCCCCUCGGCCUCGGAGCCCGCCUGCAGUGCUCCGUGUGCGGCGCCUUCGGCUCCGCUCCGCGUCCUCUGCCCGCCGCAGCCGGCCGCACCCUUCCUCGUCCGUCCAUGUCCCUGCCCGUGGUGCUCCCGGGCUCCUGCUGCCCCGUGGCUGGGCUUUCGGGUGGGCCGCAGGCCGGGGGCCUGGGCGCCGCUGCCGCCGCCGCCGCCCAGGAGCCGCCGCUGCCCCCGCUGCGGCCGCGCUGGCCCCGGGGCGCGCUGCAGCCCCCGUCGCGGCCUCGCUGCGCGGCCACCGCUGCUGCUGGGGUGCUGGCCGCCCCGCCGGCGCUUUCCUCCCGCCGGGCAGCCGCCGCCGCUGCCGCCGCGGCCCCGGGCUCCGCGCUGCUGCCCGCCCGCCCGCUGCUGUCACUCGGGCUGCUGCAGCUGAUCCUGGGCUGCUGCAUGGUGGCGCUCAGCUUCGGGGCGCUGUCGCUGAGCAGCUCCCCGCAGGUGAAGAACUCUUGCCCGUUCUGGGCCGGCUCCUCGGUGAUACUCUCUGGAAUCAUAGGAUUAACAACUUGGAAAAGGCCUAUGAUACUCCUGGUAAACCUCUUUGUGCUGCUCUCUGUGGUUUGUGUCCUCUUGAAUCUAGCUGGAUUUAUCCUAGGCUGCCAAGGGGCCCAGUUUGUGUCCAGCGUGCCCAGGUGUGAUCUGGUGGACUUAGGCGAAGGCAAGAUUUGCUUCUGUUGUGAAGAAUUUCAACCAGCCAAGUGCACAGACAAAGAAAAUGCCUUGAAACUCUUUCCAGUUCAGCCCUGUAGUGCUGUUCACCUUUUACUUAAGAAAGUCCUCUUUGCCCUGUGUGCCUUGAAUGCCCUGACCACCACCGUCUGCUUGGUGGCCGCUGCCCUCCGCUACCUCCAGAUAUUCGCAACCAGGAGAUCCUGCAUCGAUGAAUCCCAGAUUUCUGCUGAAGAAGUGGAGGAUCAUGGACGCAUCCCGGACCCUGAUGAUUUUGUGCCGCCUGUGCCUCCCCCUUCCUAUUUUGCCACAUUUUACUCGUGCACACCCCGGAUGAACCGCAGGAUGGUUGGUCCUGACGUUAUUCCCCUGCCACACAUCUACGGAGCUCGAAUCAAAGGUGUGGAAGUGUUCUGUCCUCUGGAUCCCCCACCGCCAUAUGAAGCUGUGGUGAGCCAGAUGGACCAGGAGCAGGGAUCUUCAUUUCAAAUGCCAGAAGGAUCAGAAGCUGCUGUGAUCCCAUUGGAUCCGGGCUGCACACAAGUGACUCAAGGUGGGGACAUUCCUAACAUACUUGCAGAAGAAAAUGCAUCCAUGUCAACUCCCAGUUCAACCCUGGUGCGUCCUAUGAGAAGCCGGAGAGCCCUCCCACCCCUGAGGACCAGGUCGAAGAGUGACCCUGUGCUCCAUCAUUCCGAGGAGAGAGGGUCCUGUCUUGAGCCCUUGCAGUCUCGGUUCUGCCUCUCUGACAGUGUGUGUUAUUUGCCACAGCUCUGGACUGACCAUGUGCGAGCCAGAGAGAACAUUCCUCUUGUCUCUACGGCGGCUUCUGAGUGGAGAGGAAGUCCUGCCGCCUAGUACUGAGCGUGUCUCUGAAACACAGUGGCCGGGCAGCCUGGCUUCUGAUUCCCAAGACCUGCCUUCACUGUGGGUCUCCUACACCCUACCUGGCAAGUUGAGGACUCCAGCCUCAACGGGAACUUAGCUGUUUGCACAACUUAGGGAAAUCUUUCCAGAACCCCUUCUCAUUCUGCAGACCUGCAGGGGCGAGAACAGCAGCUACUGGAGCCCUCCAUUGUGGAAGGCGCCAGGUUGCCUUCAAGUGGAAGAGUGGAGACCCUGACUCUGUCCUCACACAUGAGUGUCUUUGGAGAGUGCUUCUGGAAGACUCUUGCUCUCUGUGACGUGCAUAUGGCUGCCUGAGAGGACAGUCUUGAAUCCUGGUUUAGAGCUCCCCACACCUGCCUUUCUCCAGAGGAAAAGGGGUGCUCCCCGUCUUCCACCUGCUCUCUUGCCCCCUGCUUCUUGUCUUCUUUGAAUUUCUAAAUUGCUGCUUAUCAGGCCUUCACAGACUGAAGAUGCCAGUGUUGUGUAUGCUGAAGGCUGCUGGCUGGCUUCUGGACACAUAAUGACCAGAUCUGAGUUUGCUUCACCCACUUCACAGUGCAGAAGCAUUCUGCUGGUCUUUACACCCUUGCUGAUGUAGGUAGCUGUGGAAAUUAGAGCCUGCAAUGGAUUUCCCAGGCUCUCUGUUGACUUCCAGAAUGAUGUGUACUUUUUCUGCACCUAAAUUUCUCUUUCUGUAAUAGCUAUAGAUCUACCUCCUAUCCGUGGUGUGAGCAUCGAUAACACAAGUCAGUACAAUGUCCUUGAGGACGUUUGGGACAAAGGUAUAGUCAAAGUAAUCAGAGCAUUACAUUCAUCCGACAAGUCUUGUCUGUCUUCAGACCCUUCCUCUCUUAAUUGACUGCUUCAUCCUCGCUCCUUGGAACAUCCUUUCAUUGAUCAGCCACAUUUUCCUGCUUGGCCCAUCCAUCCCCAUCUAUUUGUUGUACCCCAUGAAACUUAAUUUCAUUAUGGUUUGCAUUCUGGAUUCUCCUCUCCACCAUCUGACUUUACCUUGGGGGUGGUGUCGUACAUGACACAAUGACAUGUUUCGGGCCAUAUCCUAUUGGAACUGGACUUCAGGGAAUAACCUUGUGU